AUGGCAUAUUGGAAAAAUUACAGGAAAUAUACUUCCCAAGUACAUGCAUUGGCAUUAGAUAAUAACAAUGAUGAAGAUGUUCAUUGUUUGUCUGAUGACAGUUUCUUUCAACUAAAUAAUUCAUUUCAAUCUCAGACUUCAAUUACUAGCAUUCAAUCAGAAGCUGUUGACUCUGAACAAAAUUCAAUGUGUGAUUCCAGUGACAAUGACGAGCCUCGACCUCCGCCAUCGUCAGAUACAACCUUAAGGCAUGAUCUUUCUUGUUGGGCUACCCGAAACCAGUGCACAAGAAAUACUUUAAAUCAGCUUCUUCAUAUAUUGAAUUCGCAUGGGCAUAGUCUCCCGAUUGAUAGCCGUACUCUUUUACAGACCCCUAGAAAUGUUAGCACUCAGCAAAAGUGUGGUGGUCAGUAUAUUUAUUUUGGAGUUGAAGAAAGCAUUCAUCAGAUUUUAUCAAAGUACCCUUUUGCUGCAGCAAAAUUAACUGCUAUUGAGCUGGUACUUAAUGUGGAUGGCCUUCCCCUCUUUAAAUCAUCGAACAGGCAAUUUUGGCCAAUCUUGGGUCGUUAUGGCAACCUUGAGGUCUUUGUUAUCAGUUUAUUUUAUGAGUCAACUAAGCCAAAUUCUGUUGGUGACUAUUUGGAAGAUUAUAUUAAGGAAGUUAAUAAAUUGCUUGAUUCUGGAAUUACCCACGAGGGCAGACAUUUUAACUUCACUGUAAGGUGUUUUUGUUGUGUUGCCCCUGGUCGGUGUUUCCUGAAAUGUGUUGUUGGACACACUGCAUAUUUCGCUUGCAAACGAUGCACCUUUGAGGGUUCAUGGGAUGGAAGGGUUGUUUAUAAUUUAGACAACAAUGCUGUACUAAGGACAGAUGAACUCUUUUCUUCUUUGUCUUACGAGGUACAUCAGAAAGAGUUGUCUCCUCUUUUAACAUGUGGUGUAUCCUGUGUUAAACAAUUUAUCUUAGAUUACAUGCACAUGGUUUGCCUUGGAGUCACAAAACGCAUUCUUCAUUAUCUUAAGAAUGGUCCUUGCAAGUGCAAAUUGAGUAGUAUACCCAGAAAAGUAUCACAUUUUUUUGGGGGUGUGUGGGAAUUUUUUCAUUUUACUAUAAGAUAG